GUCCAGAUCUCACUCCCCCCCCUCCCUCCAUCCGCAGCCACCGGCACCGCGCCAUGGACGACGCCGCCGCGAACCCCACCCCGACCUCCUCCUCGGCGGCCGCCGCGGCGCAGCACCAGCAGCUCCAGCGGCAGAUCUUCCUCAUGCAGCAGGCCCAGGCGCAGGCGCAUGGGCAGGGGCAGGGGCAGGGGCAGGGGCACGCGCCGACGCCGCAGCAGCUGUCGCAGCAGGCCAUGACCCGCUUCCCCUCCAACAUCGACGCCCACCUCCGCCCGCUCGGCCCGAUCCGCUUCCAGCAGCCCCCGCAGCCCCAGCCGUCGCACCCGCCACCCUCGCAGCCGCAGCAGCCCCACUCUGGGGGCCCGUCGCCUUCGCAGUCGCAGUCGCAGGCGUCCCCGCAGCAGCAGCAGGCGGUGGCGGCGAGGGUGCGGAGCCCCGAGGUGGAGAUGGCGCUGCAGGACGCGAUGCGGGUGUGCAACCCCGACAUCAAGACGCCCUUCCACUCCCUCGAGGACGCCGUCAACAGGCUACUACCUUACCAUGUGGUUGCUGACUACGAGGCUGAAGAAGAUGACAGAAUCCUUGACAGUGAUACAACUGGACAAAUUCCUUCUCGCCUGCAACAAUGGGACCAUAACAUUCUUGUGAAAAUUGCUGAGUUCACAACUACUUUUGAGAAGCAAGUUUUGGCGUACAAUAUAAUGACCAAGAAAAGAACUAUUGGCGAGUUCAGAUCAGAGGAGCGGCUCAUGCUGGAGCAGGCUUUGUUAAUGGAGGAAAAGCAAGCCAUGAUGACACUAAGAGCAGAGAUAGAAUCAAGGGAGAAAGCAGGUCGUGAGGCUGCUGAAGCUAAGAUGCGUAUGGCAAUGGCCGAACAGGCUAGAGUGGAGGCCCAAGCGCACUCAGAGAUGAUUGGUCAUGGUCCUUUGAGGGCCCAUGCUGCGGCAUCCCAGGGCGAAGAUGGUCCUAGCCAUGAGAUGAUGCAAGAACAGGGUGAAGAUGGAUGGGCAAAUGCUCAAAGGGACGAUGAAGACCCAUCUGAGGAUUUCCUCAACGAUGAAAAUGAACCGGAGAAUGGGAACUCUGAUAUGCAAGAAGACUGGCGCAGAUCAGGAGAACUCGAUCUGAACUCUAGGUAGGAUUGGUGGACUGGCAGCAGAGAUUGUGGGGAAAAUAAAAACCAAGAAAGUAGAUCAAGGCAGGUGUUACAUCUGCCAAUAACUUAUCUUUAGUUUUGUACUUAACUGGUUGUCUGAGGUUAAGUUAGCUGUUGCUUUUGUGGCUGUAAGCUCGCGAUUUUAAGAUAUUUAUUUAGCUGCCCUGUUGUUAAACAGCGUGCAGAAAUGUUGUAUUAGCUUCCGUGUGUUGUACGCCCCUGUUCAUUUUUAAGAUGUCAUGUUAGGAUGCUGGUUUUGUUCUGAGAGUUUUCUUCUGGUUUUCCAGGUGUUGCUGUCC